GCACCCUUUUUUUAUUUUGGAAUCUUUUUUUUUCUUUCUCUCUUUCUUUUAAGCACCAAUGAACGGAAACAAUCGUCCUAAUCCCACUGUAAAUAGUGUGAGUGGACCUACCUCUGCUUUAACUAGUUACCUUCGUGAACAUGGCAUUCAAGUACGUCACCAAAGUCGAAGAGAACGAAGAGCAGCAGAGGAACUGAGAGCUGCAGCUGGAACAAAUGGUGAACCUGAAGCGAUGGAAGGUGUUGAAACCUCUAUUACAAGUCCUGCUGCUGCUGCUGCGCAAUCGGAGUCAAUAUUGUACAGACCUACGCAAAAGAAGAAGAAGCCAGACGAUGAUGAUGCAGGAGAUGAGGAUGAAAAUGCAUUUGCACCUUCUAGUUCUCGUAAGCUUGUACCAGCCAGGGCUCGUAUCCUCUUUUGCGUAGCAUGUAAAGGAAGGUUUGUUCGCAAGCUAGAUGAGGAGGUGACACAAACGAUCUGUCCAAGUUGUCUUAAUGGCACGAAUCAAAAGAAAAAGGCAGUACCUCGAAAGAAAAAGAUUGUGGCGAUCCAAAAGGAGCCUAUUAGUAAAGAUGUUUUACCUUCAUUGCAGGAUAUUUGUAUUGCUGUAGUGGCUAGUUAUGUGGAUGAUUUGGAAUCGUUUGGCAUCAUUAGUGAUGAAAGUGUUGAAAAGCUAUCCAAGAUCAUUUCCAAGAAUCGUAAACUAAAUGAUGUCACUUCCAGACUGUUCAUGGAACCUGUGAAUGUUCGUCUCAGACUGUAUGAUUGUACCAAUAUGAAUGAAGUAUCGCUCAUGAAUAUCAGUCAGUUCUGUCCUCGCUUACAAUACCUGCAGCUCGUCUAUUGUGGCCAUAUCACCGAUAAAGUCUUGGAUGCCUAUGCUGAACGUCUUACCUCUCUAAAGUCAUUACAACUGUCUGGUCCCUUCCUUGUCACAACCGAGGCUUGGGACAACUUUUUCAAGACAGUUUCUACCCGACUCGAAUGCUUUGAAGUACGUCAUACCGCAAGAUUCACAAAGGAAAAUAUCAUGACCUUGACUGACCAAUGCCCCAACUUGCGCGAAUUAAGAUUGGGUCAACUCUUUCAGAUGGAAUCAGAUUGGCUAUCAUUUAUUGGUAAACUCAAGAAAUUGACGGUGUUGGAAAUCACUUGGCCUUCAGGAUUAAAUACAUUGCAAACUGCCCAUGUUGUGGAGUUGCUCUCCAAGGUGGGACCUCAAUUAACCGAAUUAUCUUUGAAUGGUGGGUAUGAUUUGGAAGACAAGGUAUUGACACAAGGGGUGCUCAAGUACUGUACCAAUUUGAAAAAACUGAAUUUGGAACAAUGUCAUAAACUUACGGCCAAGGCCAUGAUUCAUCUGAUGAAGUCAUGGAAAGCCAAAGGAUUGACCCAUUUAAAUAUUGAACGUUGCAUCUUGUUUGAUGACCGAGUAUUGAAAGCUGUCAUGAAACAUUCGGGAGCUACAUUGAAACAUUUAAAUAUUCAUAGUCUGGAAAAAGUGACAGCUGCGGGUUUGGAAUCUUUACAGUUUAAGGAGUUGGCUUAUUUGAAUUGUGGAUUUAUUCGUUCGGUAGAUGACUUUGUUGCAAAAGCAUUGAUCGAGAACAGUGCCUCACUUCAAACUUUACAUCUCUUUGGCUGUCCUAUGUUGACAGGUAAUUUGCAGGGUAGAAGGGGAUUAAGUAUUAUUGGUAAAGAGUAAACAUAUCCUAUGAUGGAAACUGUAGUCUUAUUAAACAAGACACGUCUUUUACACCCCCUCUCCCCUUUAAACAUCCAACGAUAUCCAGCUUGAAAUAUGUUAUGUCAAAAUAAAAACAAAGUCGCGAUUUAUUUAUUUUUCAUACAC